AUGUGUAUUCCUUUGACAUGGCAAUGUGAUGGACAAAAGGAUUGUUCAGAUGGUGCAGACGAAGAUCCAAAAGUUUGCCAAUCAAAAGUUUGCACUCCGGAAGAAUUUUCUUGCAGAAGUAUGCCUGGGGAAUGUGUGCCCCUUACUUGGAUGUGUGAUGACAAUCCGGACUGUUCAGACGGUUCCGAUGAGAAAACCUGCAAUGAAACAUGUAGAUCGGAUGAAUUUACAUGUUCGAAUGGAAAAUGCAUUCAAGAGAGAUGGGUCUGCGAUAGGGAUGAUGAUUGUGGUGAUGGAUCAGAUGAAAAAAAUUGUCCCGCCACUACUUGUGCUCCCGUAACCGACUUUGCUUGUUCGGAAAAGUAUUGUAUAACAGCCAGAUGGAGAUGCGACGGUGAUUUCGAUUGUCCAGAUGGCAGUGAUGAAAAAGAUUGUCCGGAAACUGCAAAUCCUACAAGUAGAUGUACGGCAAGAGAAUUUGAAUGCUUAGACAGAAUAUCUUGCAUUCAUCAAUCUUGGGUUUGCGACGGUGACAAAGAUUGUCCGGAUGGUUCAGACGAAGAUAUAAGUAGGUGCAAAAAUACAACGUGUCGAGCGGAUCAAUUUCAAUGCAAAGAUAAAACUUGCAUUCCUGGACAUCUUGUGUGUUCUGGAACUAUUGAAUGCUCAGAUAAAAGUGAUGAAGAAAAUUGCGAUAUUCCUAUUUCAAAAUGCGAUUUAAAAACUCAAUUUGAUUGUGGAGGUGGAAUUUGUAUAUCACUGGAAAAAGUUUGCGAUAAAAAACUCGACUGUCCUAAAUGGGAAGACGAACCUAAAGACAGCUGCGGUAAAAACGAAUGUUUAAUCGACAAUGGAGGAUGUUCUCAACUUUGCGUAGACACUCCAGGAUCCUAUUAUUGUCAUUGCCACGAAGGAUUUAAAUUAAUCGAUAACAAAACCUGUACCGACAUAGAUGAAUGUGAAAUACCUGGUACUUGUUCUCAAAUUUGCAUAAACGAAAUAGGAGGAUUUAAGUGUCAGUGCGUUCAAGGGUAUCUAAGAGAUCCAAGAAAUUACACAAAGUGUAAAGCUGUAGAAGGACACGCAUCAUUGUUGUUUGCCAGAAAACACGAUAUUCGAAAAAUUUCCCUUGACCACCACGAAAUGACGGCCAUUGUUAACAAUACUAAAUCAGCCACAGCAUUGGAUUUUGUUUUUAGAACUGGAAUGAUUUUCUGGAGCGAUGUUUCCGAACAAAAAAUUUACAAAGCACCUAUAGACGAAGGGAAUGACCGAACAGUUGUUAUAAAAAAUGGUUUGACGACGGCCGACGGUCUUGCCGUCGAUUGGAUUUAUAAUCAUAUUUAUUGGACAGACACUGGAAAAAACACGAUUGAACUCGCCAGUUACGAAGGAAAUAUGAGAAAAGUUUUAAUUAAGGAUGAUCUUGAAGAACCGAGAGCGAUUGCCGUCAAUCCUUUAGAAGGGUGGAUGUAUUGGACGGAUUGGGGUAGCGAACCUAAAAUAGAAAGAGCUGGAAUGGAUGGAUCACAUCGUCAAGUAAUAGUUUCCUACGAAAUGAAAUGGCCAAACGGAUUGACUUUAGAUUUAGUAUUGAAAAAAAUCUAUUGGGCGGAUGCUAAAAUGAAUACAAUAUCAUCUUGUAAUUUCGAUGGUACGAACAGGCGGAUUAUAUUAUUUUCUCAAAAUUAUCUUCAGCAUCCGUUUUCAAUAACUACUUUUGAAGAUUUGGUAUACUGGACGGAUUGGGAUAAAAAAGCUGUAUAUAAAGCUAAUAAAUUUACGGGGAAAGAUGUUGUGGCUGUCACGGCUACGCACAUGCUCGAAAAUCCAAUGGUGAUUCACGUUUACCAUCCGUACAGACAACCGGACGGAUUGAAUUAUUGUCAGGCCGUAAAUGGUCAUUGUUCUCAUUUGUGUUUACCUGCUCCGCAAAUGAACGCGCGUUCGCCCAAAAUAUCAUGCGCGUGUCCGGACGGUUUACGUCUCAUGAGCGAUGAACUUAUGUGCGUCGAAGAUGUCACGACAACACCGACGAAUUUGAUGACAUCAAUUGAAGACGUAAGUUACUUCGACAGAGACGUUCACGUUCACGACGGUUAUGUUCCUAAUUUUAAUUCAAGGCCUUUUUACGAAGACGAUGAUAAAAUCAAUGAAACAUAUCCUAACUGGAAUUCAUAUCCAGCGGGAGGUUUCGUACAUAAUAAAAGUCAAAAUGGUAUUUUCGGAAGUGAAGAAUCCGAUACUGGAAUGGUUGCUGGAAUAGCUAUAGUCGUUGUUACCAUCGUACUCAUUUCCACUUCUCUGAUUGCAUUUAUUUUUUACCGACAAUAUUUGCACCGAAAUGUGAGGAGUAUGAAUUUCGAUAAUCCAGUUUACAGGAAAACAACGGAGGAACAAUUUUCAAUUGAAAAAAAUCCUUAUCCUCCGCAGAAAAUUUAUCCUAGCGUAAUUACCGAGGAGGCUCAGGAACCUUUGACUCGACCCGGAACCAUGGAAUACGUAUAA